GAACUUUCGAAUAUAUGUUUAUGAUUGGUGUCUGUUGUGUCUAAUCGAUCAUAUUUUAAGUUUCAAAAUGGAUAUAUUGUAUAAUUUUAUUUAUUAUUUAAGUUUGCUAUCCUUUCCAUUUUUGGUGUAUUUUUUAUUUGUUAGAAAAAAUAAAAGUAGUGUUUAUAGUGGAAGAGAUUGGUUCUACCUUGUUAAAUUGGUUGUAGCAAAGAACGAGGUAAAAAAAUAUCAAGAGAAAUAUAGGAAACGACUAGAAAAAAUAGGAAACCGGAUAGAAACAGAAAUAUUUGCACCCAAAGCACAGUGGAUAGAUACGCAAACUUUCUAUGGUUUAGACGAAAAAGGAAAUUCAUUAUCUUUUAGACUUGAAAUUGGAAUAGAUAAAAUAGCAGAAGCAAGUUUACAUUUGCGACUACAGGAUGGCAAUAUUUAUGUUUUACCAGGAGGAACAGCUGGUAUUCAAACUACCGUAUCUAAAUACGCUUGGAAAAUAGCUGGUCUAAACGUGGAAAUUUUGGAACCGCUUAAAAAACUUAGAAUAACUUUUAAUGGACUUCUCAAGAAUCAGUCGUGCACAGAUUUUGAAAAAGUGGAACAUAUUCAGUUUAAUUUUAUUUAUACUGCCUUUUAUUCGCCUCAUUUCUUUCCACAAGAUAUCGAUACUUCAUUAUUUGCCAAAGCUGUUGCCAGUGAUCAUUGGCGGGAUGGAUCAUGGAGAAACAAUAUGAUUCCUCAAUAUGGCUAUGAACAACUUGGAACCCUAAAAGGAUUUGUAAAAGGCGAUUCUUAUCCAAUAGAGAACAUUUUAAAUUUACCUGGAAACAGGUCUAGGAGUAAAGGAAUCAGCGACCGCUUUCUUUUAAAACGAGGAUUAAGGUUAAUCGUCAUAGAUGAAUAUGGAACUAUAUUUAAUAUAAUUUUAAAAGCUCUACCAGAGGGAAAUUUUCACUUAAAUUAUGGAUUUGCACUUUUAAGUAAUGAAAGAAGAUAUCCCAUCACCGAUAUAGACCUUCAAAUGCGCCACGUUGGAGAGCAUAAAACUUUUCCAGAUUGUAUAAAAUCUCGUGUAAAAGUUAAUGGUAAGACUUACACAAUUGUAGUCUAUCUGAACAAACAGAAAAUAAUCAAAUCCAGUAGUAACACUGAAUACGGUUACGAAUAUUAUACUAUACCUGCUAAGUGCCAUAUAGACCUAUACAGUGGCAAUGCCUUGGUAGAAUUUUGGUAUGCUAAUAAAGGUGAGGAAGUAUUUAUUCCCAAACCAAAAUUGUUUAAGAAAUUAAUUGAUAGUAUACCAGAUAAACUUAUAACAGCUAUAAAAGAUGAAGAAUCUCGAAUAUUGGAACUUACUGGGGGAAAAGGAAGUUCUCUGGCGUUAUUAUCGUCCAUGCAAUCUUCUUCUUUUAUUGUUCCUGAUGGAUUUAUUGUAACUACGAAAGCAUUUAACCUGCAUAUGUCAAAAAAUACUGGGUUAUCCAAAUCUCUCUCCAUAUUAAAUGAAAUCUGUUGUGGAAAUAUCGAAGAAAACUUAGAGGAAUAUUGCAAAAAGAUUGAGGAGUCCUUUAGAAUUAAUACAAUAUACCCUGAAGUUCAAAAUGCAAUUAUAAAACAACUUAAAAAAUACUCACACGAUUCAGAGUCGUUAAUUUGGGCAGUAAGGUCAUCUGCCAUUGGAGAAGAUUCUGAUGAGCUGUCAGCAGCUGGUCAAUACAAAACAUUUUUGGGUUGUAAAAAUGAAGAGGAACUUUUUAAAAAUAUUCUUGCAUGUUGGGCUUCUUUAUACGACUAUAAAAGUGUGCAGUAUCGUUGGCAACAUGGGUUACCGAUUGUAACAGAAAUGGCAGUAGUAGUACAAAAAAUGAUUCAGGCUACUGCAGCAGGUGUUCUUUUUACUUGUCACCCUUCAACCUCUAAUCCUUCACAAAUGGUUAUCACAUCAAACUUUGGACUUGGUGAAACUGUAGUUUCUGGAGAAAGCGACCCUGAUCAUUUUAUCCUUAAUAGAACUUGGGAUGAACAAAUUUGUGUUAUGGACAAGAGAUUGGGCAAUAAACAUAAAGUAUUAAACAUGACAAAUGGCAGUUUAGAAGAAAUUAUAGAUAAUCAAAUAUAUAGCGAAGCUUGGAGUAUAUCCGAGAAGCAGGCUGUGCAAUUGGGUAAAAUUGGUAUUUUAUUAGAACAAGCUUUCGGAAAUCCUAGAGACAUUGAAUGGGCCUAUUUGAAUGAAAAAAUAUACAUACUUCAAUCUAGGCCUAUUACUACUCUAAAUCAAUGGUCAGACUUUGAAUUGUCACACGAAAUGGACUCUCCGAUAAGAACUAAAAAUUCAUAUUACACUGUAGCUAACAUAAGAGAAGUUAUUCCGAAGGCUGUCACAGUAUUAUCCCAUUCUACCUCAGUAAAAUCUACGGAUUGGGCUAUUCAAAAGUUCGCGCAGCAAAAUUUUGACCCGGCUUCCAGGGCAGGAAUUGUCACGUACCAACAUAACAUGCUGAUAGACGUUAUUGCGUUGAUACAUAGAAACAUAAAGUCUAAAGUACAUGUCAGUGGCUUGGUAAUGGAUCUAGCAAUAUUCGGACACCCAGUAUUAGAUGAUCAAAUCCAUGAAGUUAUUAAACACCGUUUUGGUAUUUCUUCAACCUUAAGGCUAACAAAAGACAUAACUAGAAUAAUGCUAAACGCUUGGGUAGAUAACGCUGGUGAGGCUAAAAGAUUGGUAAAUGACUUAAACCUUGAUCUUAAAGACGGGGAUGAUGCACUAAAAAUUUAUAUGAAAAUUGAUAGUAGUUUGGACACUGUAGGAAAAAUAUCUCUAUGUCAUGUUAAAACUAGUGGUGUUUCAGUAUUCUUCCAAAUUAUUGCUAUGAAUAUUAUGCUUGAAGGAAAAUCAGAACUGUCUACAGAACAUAUAUCUGAUUUCGCAGCCAUACUAUCGUCUUGCAAAGACGUUAUUUCAGCAGAAGUUCCUAAAUAUUUAGAAGAUAUUGCCAAAAUAAUAAAAGAAAAUGAACGUGCAGAAGCUUUCUGCAGUUUAAAUCCUAGUGAAGGGGUACCUUUUUUGAAAAAUCAUUGUCCCAAAGCAUAUGAAGUAUUUUGUGAGUUUAUGGAUAGACAUGGACAUAGAUGUCUUUAUGAGUUCGAGAUGAACGAGCCGAGUUGGAGAGAAAACCCAUCAUUAAUAAUCUCGAUGAUCCAAGCUAAUACCAAAAAUUUGAGGACUCAAAACAAAGAAUCGGAAAGUAUAGAGAAUAUAGUAAACAAUUUGAAAUCAAUCACGAGUAAUAUAACAAGAAGUGUUAUUAAAUUAAUUAUAAAAAAGAUUAGAAUAGCUGUAGCAUGUAGAGAACAAACCAAAUCAGAAAUGAUACGAAGUUAUGAUAAACUAAGACAGGCGUAUACGCAGCUAGGAAAGAGGAUGGUUUGUGAAGGAUUGAUACCUUCCAAGGACUUAAUCUACCAUCUCACUCAUGAAGAGAUAGGUUCUUUAAUACUCAAUAGAAAUCCUGUGUUAAUUACUAAGGCAGUGAGGAGAAAAAAGAUAUAUCCAAGGUGGGUGAAACUUGAAUUUCCAGAGGUAAUGGCAGGGAGUCCUACAAUAAAAAAGAGUAACACUGAUAUUUCUUCAGAUACAUUAACACAAAUUUUUAAGGGUACUCCUGUAUAUAGUGGAGUUGUUGAAGCUAGAGCAUGUGUUAUUACCAGAUUUGAAGAAAUAGACCAACUAAAGAUAGGUGAUAUUUUAAUAACAUACAGUACAGAUAUAGGUUGGACACCAUGUUUCCCAAUGCUUGCAGGGAUCGUAACAGAACUAGGAGGACUUAUUUCUCAUGGGGCUGUAGUUGCUAGGGAGUAUGGAUUGCCUUGCAUUGUAGGUGUGCAAAACGUAACCAAAAACUUUAAAACGGGUGAUAUUAUACAACUUAAUGGAAAUACCGGUGAAUUAGGAAAAAUUAAUUAAAUAGAGAUAAAAUGUAGAAUAAAAUAAAUAAAAGACCAUUAUUAGUUGGAUUU